UAUUUGAAAGUGAAUUGAGUACUAAUAAUGUUGAUGAAGGAGGUGCACGUGUUGUUGGUGGUCCACCACUAAAAAACGUUACUAUCGUAGGUCUUCUUCAACUCUCCAACUUAAAAAGAGUGUAUAUCGAACGAUGUGACCUUCUAUCCUAUAUAUUCACAUUCUCCACCCUUGAAAGCCUCAACCAACUCAAACAUUUGAAAGUAACGCUAUGCAAGGCAAUGCAAUGCAAGUGAUUGUAAAAGAAGAAAAGGAAACGUCAUCAAAACGUGUGGUGUUUCCUCGUCUAGAGAUACUUGAACUUGAGGAUCUACCAAAGCUCAAGGGUUUCUUCUUGGGGAUGAAUGACUUCCGAUGGCCCUCAUUGGUUAUUGUGAAAAUCAACAAAUGCCCUGAACUGACGAUGUUUACAUCUGGUCAGUCAACAACUCCAAAGCUCAAGUACAUACAAACAAGUUUUGGCAAAAUUAGUCGUGAACGUGGCCUUAACUUUGAUGAAACUAUCGAUCAGACCACGUUCUCAGCUUCUUCAGAGCCUACUAUUUCAAAAGGGAUGCUUUGCUCUUUUAAUAGUUUGCUAGAAAUUAAUAUAGAAUGGGAGAAUGUUGGAAAGACUGUUGUACCAUAUAAUGCGCUGCUACAAUUGGAAAAGCUUCAACAGAUUACUAUACAAGGAUCUCAUACGCUGGAAGAGGUAUUUGAAGUAGUAGCAUUGGAAGGAACAAAUGAAUCACAAACUGUUGUCCAAAUUCCAAACCUAAGACAGGUGAAGUUAGCCAAUGUAGGGGAUCUCAAGUAUCUAUGGAAGAGCAAUCAGUGGACGGUACUGGAAUUUCCAAACCUGACAACUCUCUCUAUUGACAAAUGCAAGAGUUUGGAACAUGUUUUUACACGCUCCAUGGUUAACAGCCUAGUGCAACUCCAAGACCUACAUAUAAGUGACUGCGAGAAUAUAGAGGUAGUUGUGAAGGAGGAAGAAGAAAAAUGUGAUCCCAAAGUGAAUGAUAUUAGGUUACCUCGUCUAAAGUCCUUAAAACUAAGCAAACUUCCAAGUUUCAAGGGAUUUUGCUUGGGGAAGGAGGCUUUCUCAUUGCCAAAGUUGGAAACUUUACAAAUAAAAGAAUGCCGAGCAAUUAAAGUUUUCACCAAGGGACACGUGUCUACCCCUGAGCUCAAAGUAAUAGAUACAGGUUUUGGGUUUCGUUAUGUAAAGACAGAUAUCAACUCCCUUUUAAAGACAAAACAAGAGGAGGUACUGUUAUUCAUUUCUUUACUAAUUCUUGAAAAGGCUCAUUAA